AUGGCUCUCGAAAUAGUCUCUCUCGAACACCUGCCAAACUCGCACAAGGUCUACGUUGCCCUGUUCCGUGACGUACAGAAUGCUGCCUUUUUGCACCAGCAGCUGCUUGCUCGGAACCCCCAGUUCGAGUACGCCUUCAUCGAUGCCUCAGUGAUCGCUGAUGCCUAUCGUCGAUACGGUAUCUCUCCUUCUACUAAAGACCUCAUCGUUGUCAAGGUCACAUUCCCUGGAGAAGAUGGUGCUGAGCCCUUGACGCAUGACCAGAUCUGGGAGCACCUCAAGUCCAAUGUUGAGGGAGAGGCUGUAUCCAUCACAGAUGACCAAAUCUCCACCACCACUGACGUACCAAAGGUGCGCAAGUACUACAAGUUGAACGGACUCAAGUGGUUGGACGAUAUCAAAGAUGAAAAGGUCAAACAGAAAGAGAUGGAGUCACUCGUCAUCGGCGCAAUGGCUCUAAGGGGUGUCUGA